UUAGCCAUCAACAGCCACGCGAAGCAUCAUAGUAGACGCAAUGGCAUUCGCAAAAGUUGGGCAUCCAAUAUAUGGUUGAAUGGGAAUAAUAAUGAAACUUGGAAAACCGUUUUCAUAGUGGGUUUAACUGGUGAUCGGGAGCGAGAUGUUCGGGUAAAUCAUGAGGCAUCAUAUCAUGGUGAUAUGAUAAUCCUUAACUCUUUAGAAAGUCAUCAUAGUUUAACGGAUAAAACGGUCACUGGUAUGCAUUGGGCCUCUAAAUACUGUCAACCAAAGUUUUUCUAUAAAGGAGAUGAUGAUGUUUGGGUUAACAAAUGGCGUAUCUAUGAUUAUAUAACUCAUUUGAACACCAGUGUUCCCGAGGUUUAUGAUAAUCAUUGGGUUGGCUUUGUUAGUUAUGACAACCGAAGACCUAUCAGAAAUAUUAGAAGUAAGUAUUAUGUAUCUCAUGAGCAUUAUAGAUGGGGCUUGUUUCCGCCUUACUGCUCUGGUUUUGCUAAUAUUAUGUCUGGACAAGCACUACGGAAGAUGUUGGAUGCUACAAAUUAUAUCGAAAAACUACCUGGUAUCGAUGAUGUUUACAUCGGUUUAUUAGCAUAUAAAAGUGGUAUU